AUGUUUUCGGCCAAACUGCCACUGCACUGGUUUUGUUUGUGCCUACCGUUUGCCAGCGCCACCUUGCCAGCACUGGAGAUCGAUGAUGAAUGUCAAAGUGGAGAGUGUGCACUCGAAGCAAUCCAACUGAAAGGCGAGAUGGCAGAGCAUUUGGAUGCGGAUGAGGGGUGUCAGGAUGUCAGAUCCGGUGACUGCUUAGUCGACGUUGUUUGGGCAAAGAAUGAGGGUAUCCGUGGACAUCCUGAUUGGUAUCCCGGGCUUUCACCUGAGUCCAGCAUGGCAGAUUUCCAAUGCCAACUUUACAAGGCCAACCCUGCGAAGUGCCCGAAGCCCUGCAGCGCUCCCUGCCCGGGCCCUGUGCGGCAGCCAAGCAAAGCUCCUGAAAGGGAAGCUCCUACUUGCGAGGGCAAGGAACAACCAGAUGCUUGCCUUUGCGUCUUCGACAUUGACCGGACGUUGACCUCUAAGCAAGGUCAGCAGGAUGUUUGCCCUGGUUCCAGUCCGUCUGCUGGCAUCGUUGACACCGCAUAUGGGGGCGGUGACUUGGUGCUGUCAGCCCUCGGAGCCGCGGGCAUGGCCGGGACAUUUUGCCAGAAGUGCUACUUGGGCCUCUGCUCGCACGGAGAUGGCAGCGGUGCCAACUCCAGAGAGCGCAAGGAGCUACUUCAGAAAGUUUUACGCAGUGAAGCCAUGGACAAUUUCAAGAUGAAGCCCUACAAUGCAGCAUGGAGUGACAUGAAGCUCCUGUCCCCUUUUGUGGUAGCACAGCCAGAUGGACGCAAGCAGGAUGCUGUGUUUCAAAUUUUGGAAUGGUAUGCAGUGCAAGAAGUUUGUAUUCCGAAGGGCAACACAUACUUUUUCGAUGACAAAGACGUGAACAUCCGCCCAUUCAGAGGCACUGGUUUGAAUGCUCGCCAGAUCUCCUGCAACUCCAGAGAUCCCAAGCUUGGAUGGGGUGAGGUUGGCGACUUGACGGCACUUCUGCUAGAAGGUGGAUAA